UCCUGACGUAUGCGUCAUUGUUACAUGACCACACCCUUAUCUGAAGCGCAGUUCGCGAGGUAGAAAGCAAACAAGUUAGCAAAGGGCUGUUCGUUUUAUAAUCUCAGAGUCCGCAUUAAGUAUUUACAAGUUUAAUUUAGUUUCCUUCUAGGGACAGAGGAAGCCAAAUGGGGAUCUUGUACUCAGAGCCUAUGUGUCAGGCAGCUUAUGACGAUGACAUCCACAAGUUGCAAAAACUGAUCUCAGCCGAUCCCAGAAAUGUAAAUGUUCAAGAUGAAGGAACAGGAGACACACCGAUCAUAGCCGCCUGUAGACAAGGAAACCUCAGGACUGUCAAAUACCUUCUAGAUUGCAAUGCAAAUGUGUCUAUUAGAAAUAAGAAAGAAAGGACUUGUUUGCACUACGCUACAAGAAGAACAUUUUCCUUCCUGGACUACCUGAUGAUUGCCAUUUUAAUGCCUAUCUUGUUAAUUGGUUAUCUUAUAAUGGAAGAGAAGCAAAGAAAAAGUGUGAAAUUGAUGGAGCUUCUGUUGGCCACUAAGGUAGAAGUAAAUGCUGUAGACUAUAAGGGGAACACUGGACUUCACUAUGCGUGCCAAAGAAAAAGUCAAAGGAUCAUUCCAUUGUUAUUGGAGAAAGAUGCAGAUGUUUCAGUACAGAAUAAAAAUCAUGAAACCUCGCUAGAUAUUGCAAAGAGACUACAAUUCCACAAAAUUGUUACAAUGUUAACAAAAUCAAUGUGAGUAUUAAUGGAGGACAUGAGUGUGGGGUCCUUUACAAUUCACCAUCUGAAUUUUAGAUGGGUUUUCACAAAUUGUCACAGUUUUUUACACUUUUUGCACCGCACAUUGUUAC